UCUACUCCAGAAUAGCGCGCGGCGGAGGAGCAGCCACACCGACCCGCUCAGUCCUUUCUUUCUCUUGAUCCUGUCGCCAAUGUUUGUUUGUUUAUGUGGGAUUUGUUCGGUCCGGAAUAAGCCUGACAGGGGCGAGUGUGUGGCGGGAUGUCUGCUCUAAAGGAGAACCAGUGUUACGGGUUAUCCAGCAGUAAACUGAGCAACGGCGCUAACGUCUCUGUUUUUCAUGUAAAACUCACUGACAGCGCGGCAAGAGCCAUUUGCUCCUUUCACAACGGCAAGGGUUGGUCCUCCCGUCCCACCAUCAGUUUUAAUGGCAGCAAAGGGAGGAUCUCCGUCCCCUGCUCAGAGAACAGAGACGACUGCAGGGUCUUCACCUUUGGCCUGACGAGCGUCGCCCGGGAUAAUCCCAAUGGAAGCUUUGACUGCUUCCAACAGCUUUGCACUGGUGCUGCCGAGGAGCUGUCAUGUCUCGGGGUGAUUCAGAGAAAGAUGACAGUGAACGCCACAGAUGACUCGUACGAUAAGGCCCGACAGAGCAUGGCUCAGGCUGAGGAGGAGACACGCAGCCGAGGGGCCAUUGUCAUCAAGCAGGGGGGGCGCUUCCAGGGUAAGAAGGUGACGGUGCGAGCCCCGAAUCCCGCGCUGGCCAGCCUGACCAAACCCCGACAGGCGCCCCAGUCCCUCCUCAGCAACAUUAAGAGGCGUGUCCAAGUUCCCGAGUCUAAGCCGAAGAAGGGGCCGUGUGCUUCACACAGGAAGAGUGUGGGUGACGUGCAGGAGAGGCCGCUCAGGGAGAGAGUAACACAUCUGCUGGCCCUGAGGCCAUUCAAGAGGCCGGAGCUCAUCUUGAGGCUGCAGAGAGAUGGACUGACAGCCGGAGACAAGGACAUGCUGGACUCUGUGCUGAUGGAGGUUGGUCAGCUCAACAGUAGAGACAAAACAAUGGUCCUGAAGGACGCUCUGUAUAAGGAGCUGCACAAGGACUGGCCAGGAUACACCUCAGGAGACCAGCAGCUGCUGAAACGCAUCCUUGUCAGGAGACUAUUUCAGCCACAACAGAACCUCCUCACCGUCCCAGAGGCUCAGGUCAGUCCCCUAAGAGAUACCCCCAACUCCUCCCCAGCGCACCGCCCAAAACCUUCCCUGCCAGAGGAAUACACCGACCCUCUGGCGAAUAAGAAGCCCAGGAUAUCCCGCUUUUCCUGCAAAACAGCUGACAAGAAGUCAAGAGCGAGGCCGUCAGAACAAGCAGCUUUUCAAGACGCCACAGAAGUGAAAGGGAACGACGGGCAAAGGGACUCGCUUGAUCCUCGACAGCUUAUUGACUCCCUGUCAGCAGCGUGUCAGCGGAAAGCGGAGGUGGCCGAGAGGCUAGAACCAACACCGGUUCUUCAAGAGGAACCCAAAGUCAUAAAAGACUCUCCUCCACCCAACUCUGAUCGCCCUCCGUCUCCUCUGACGGUGCCUGACCUGCACAGACACACCAUCAAAAGGAAGAAGAGCAAACACAAGCACAGUGAUCAGGAGAAGGAUAGGACGAGAGACAAGAAAAGAAAGAGAAAGGAUCACAGCUCAGACGAUCCAAACGAUAAAGUCACCAUGGACAGCAUAGGGCCGAGUGAAAUCUUGUUUCAAUCUGAAGUGCUUCAAGAAGACAAUGACAAAGAAGACUUUUUAUUGACGUACACAGCCAUUUGCAGCCAUGAAACGAGACAGAGCUACAAGCAGGACUUCAACACGGAGUACAACGAGUACAGGGAUCUACACGCUCGUAUUGACGGAGUGACGCGGCAGUUCAUGGAGCUGGACGCGCAGCUCAAAGAGCUACACCAAGGAUCACAUAAAUACAAGACGGUUCGUAAUCAAAUUCUCCAGGAGUAUCGCAAAAUUAAAAAGUCCAACCCUAACUACAACAAGGACAAGACUCGCUGCGAAUAUCUACACAACAAACUGGCCCACAUCAAGAAGCUCAUAUCAGAGUACGACCAGCAGCAGGUCUGACUGUGGGACCGGUGAACUCAAAAGAGAUACAACGAUGAUCCUGAGGCGGGACAGGUUCACGAUGCUGAAGCAAAGGACUGCGAAUCUUCGGCCUUCAGGGCUAAACGUAAAUUCAGAAGUCCUGCUGGAAAUGUCCCUGAGGAUGGGGAUCAUUUGUGCUGAGCAGACGUGGAACUAUAAGAAAAGCAUAACUGUAAUAUGAGAUAUUUUCCUACAAGAUGGAAGAAAUCUUUGAACCACUGGGCUGCUACUAUGGUGAACCAAUACUGCUAAGGUCAGAAGGAGUAACAAAGGUUUUAUAAACGCUCCUGAAGCUACAACUAUGUUCUCAAUUUAAAAAAUGCAAUGAGCUUUAUGUGGAGAUGAGGUGCUAAUAUAAAAAAAAAUGAUAUGUAUAUUCCUGUCAAUCAUUAUAGUAUUUUUGAGGGGUUAAAAUGGUUUAAGUGAAACCAUGUGGGUGUUUGUGUUCUGUCAGCUUCAACGUUUAGGAAAGCACGAGACAACUUCAUAAUGUACAUACCCAGACAGAAUAACUGCUGGGAAUCAUCCUGAGAAGCGACUGUACUGUAGGAUGGGUGAAUGGAGAUUGUGUCAGUUCUCCUCCGUUCACACCUGAUCUGCUCAGUAAUCACUCCUGAAAGUAUUGCCAGUGCCUGAAAUGGUUUUCUAAUCCCAGACUGGAUUCAUAGUAUUCCACCGCUGUUAUCCUUAAUGUGGAUUUCCAAGAGUACUGGAGACUGUUAUAUUAACCACAAUGUUAACUGGAAGUUGUAUUCAGGGAAUUCACAGAAUGAUAACUGUUUUUUUUAUCAAAGUACAGAAAGUUACAGACCAUUCUUACUGUAUGCUGAGAUUGCGGUUGCAUGCUUUGUGUUUUCAACAUGCAUGGGAUAGAGAAAUGUUGUCAGACUUUUAAAUAAAUUCAUUUGUCUUCA